AUGUGGUGGCUUGGAAACCGAACGGAAAAGGAGAGAAGCACCAGGGAAUGCAGGCGUGGAAAGUGCAAAGUCGUGGGGUUUGAGCUGGAAGAAACCAGGAGGGAUGACGAAAGGGGGAAGCACUGGGAAGAUACGGUGUGGAAGUCGAAGGGGAGGGGCGAAAGCCAGGGCUGCAUCGCCGACCCGGUUACGGCGGUCGUCGUCGUAGGCGACCACUCGCAGGUGGGCCCCGCUGCAACGGUCGCCCUCCUCGCGGAGCAGCGGCUCACGGGGCAGAGGCGGUGCCGGCAGUGCUCGUCAAGCUGCAGAGAUUCCAGAAGCAGCACGUGCGCUCGGCCACUUACUCCAAGGGACGGCUUCAACACCGGAGGUUACUCCCUCGUCUGUCUCUGGCGGAACCCCCACCUUCCGGAGCAGCGGACGGAAGAGCGGAAAGUGGCGCCCCUGCCAGACAGCGCCACGUGUCGAGCACGGAAGCACGGAACCAAGCCGGAAAGGAGGAAGCAUUCGUAGAGAAGCUUCCUUUCGUGCGUUACUCCUCUUCGGAUCCUUCUUCCUCUCCGACUGGCUUCGGUUGAUCGGGCUCCCUAUUUUCCUGAUAUGUGGCGCUAUACGUCGGGCCCCGACGCUCGCGAUUGUAAACGAUCUCGUGGUCUGUCUGUAACCGUAGUUUGGUCAGGGACAGUAGAUAGAUUUCGCGCUUUUUGUGUGAAGAGUCUCAGGUAAGUUUGGUGAAUGGAUAGAGCAGGUCGGACUUGGCUGCGAAAAACAUAUCAAGCUAGUGGUUUGCUUGGUCGCAUCAAGAAAAGACGGUUUCCAAUGCUGAAGCACUUCCGAAGUUCGCCGC